CACCUUCAUAAAUUCUCAAAAAAAAAAAAAAAAGAAUUUUUCUCCCUUCACCAUUCUUCCUAUCCCAAUUAGCCUAGCUAGCUAAUUCAUAUUAAUUGAAACCAAAUCCAAUUAAUAAUUCUUCAAUCCAUGGCGGAUUUUCCGUCAAGUUUCACCAGCCUGAUGCCCUGCUUAACGGAGACAUGGGGCGACUUGCCGUUAAAAGUUGACGACUCCGAAGACAUGGUCAUAUACGGCCUCCUUCACGACGCCGUUAGUAACGGCUGGACGCCGUUUAGCAUGGUCAAAGCCGAGCAGAUGGCCAUCACUACCCCGUCCGCGGCUGGAGCAGCUCCGGCCGCGGCCAGGAGGCCUAACAAGGGGAGGCACUACAGGGGAGUGCGGCAGCGGCCGUGGGGGAAGUUCGCGGCCGAGAUAAGGGACCCGGCCAAGAACGGGGCCCGGGUGUGGCUCGGGACGUACGAGACGGCUGAGGAAGCCGCCGUGGCUUACGACAGGGCGGCUUACCGAAUGCGCGGCUCCAAGGCGCUGCUCAACUUCCCGCACCGGAUAGGGUUGAACGAGCCCGAGCCGGUGCGGGUCACGGCGAAGAGGAGGUCGCCCGAGCCGGAGCUGGAGCCGAGCCGCGGCUCGGCUAAGCGGGUGAAGAAAGAGGAAGGAGGCGCCGAGAGCCAAUCAAAAUUGUAUCAAAUUGAGUGCAAGUUGACGCCAUUGAUAGAUGGCGGACAAUUAGUGGUGGCCUGAUUAUAGGCUGGAAAUUGGAGUGUGCAUUUGUUUGGUUGUGUAAAUUAUACGAAAUUUUUUGGCCCCA